AUGUACUCCAACAAGUCCUACUCGACGAGCGCCGCUAUGUCUGCUUCCUCGUACAACAGCCAAGGAGGAACCUGGCAGGAGCGCCUUGAGGGCGGCCGCACUGCUUGGUCCAGUCGAGUCACGGUUCACGGACGCACCCUCUCCGCACGAUUCUGGUACGACGGCAAGAACCUCAACAACGCAAAGGAAGACGCCGCCGAAAUGGCCCUCAAUUACCUCACCGGUUCCAACCCCAGCUCGCCAGCGAACAGCAGAGGCAGCUGGUGA